ACGUCAUUAUCGGGGAGUUACUUAACUAGUUGAAAGUGUUAGUUGUUAGUUUAGUCUUUAUUUUCUUGUUUAUAUUAGUAGUAGCAUUACAUAGUACAUUUUCUUUUUGUGUUUUGUUUUUCACCAACUCUUCUCCUCGAAGGGUGUUUUGAGUGUGUUUGGUUUUCUUUUUAUUGUUUUUGUUAGUGUUGGUUGAAUCAUGGAUCCCAAUAGCUUAUACCACAUGUGGGGGUAUCCACAACCACCCGAAUGGGGGUACCCCGGAGCUUCAUGGAGUAAUCAAGAGAGUGGAAGCCAAGGAACUGGUUUCUAUGAUCAUCCCCCUUCCAAGAAGAAGAAGCAUACCAAUGGGGAUAUGAAGAGGCUUCCCCAUUCCAAGAAGACUUCCUUCCCCAACUGGAGACAAGAAGCGAAUUGGAACUCUUGAUGGAGCGAUUAGCCUGGGGUUCCGAGGGAGCAUCCUCUGGUGUAGAACAACCUUGCUACACUACACAAGAACCAAAGAGCCAACUGGAGCUCAUGAUGGAGUGGUUCACCGAAUCACGCUCUGAUGUGGAAUCCUCGACCACCACCCCUAUCGACUCAUCCUUACUACGAACAUCGGAAGAGAUCCUCCGAAAAAUGGAGAGACUAGGAGAGAUUGUCGAGCAAGCAUGUGCACGACUUGCUCACAAUCAUAUCCUAUCAUUGGAGAAACACAUUUUUGAAGAAGGAAGACAGGUUGAAGAUGAAUUUGAAAGUGCAAAUGGUGUCCAAGAUGAGGACGAUGCUAAGGUGGAUGAAACAUCUACAAGUUACAAGUACUAUGAAGUUUUUCCACCCGACCUCGAUGUAGUUUUGGAGAAGGAUCCAUUUGUGACUCUUUGCCAAGCCAAGGCCAAACCGUCGGUGAUCCCUCUUGGUGGAUGUAAUGGAAGUCAAUCAUUGUUGCACUACAUGGUGUGGGGCAAAGAGAGAAGAAUGAAAGAAAGAAGGAGAGGUCUCGUGGGUGGAGCCUCAAGACCACUCAAGCUCACGAGCCCUCAAACAUGGACUCGUUCAAAGCUCGUGACUUGAGAAACCACCUCACCGAUGAGAACCUCAACUUCAAGGAGUCUCUAAGUUGGACCGAAUACUUGAAGAUAUUCGUCCGGCGAUAAAACUUGAAAGACGCACUAGUUGGGAGGUACCCCAACAACCGGUUUGCAUUUCCUUACUUUUCAAAAAUAAAACUUGCACGUUUGAUUUUGCUUUAAGUAGUUUUUAUAGUGUUAUCUAGUGAAUGAAUCCCUUCUAUGUCAAGAAUAGAAUGAAAGAUUAUUUGGAGACUAGAUAGUUACUUUAGGAAUGGUUGCUAAUGUUGUUAAGUAAGUGUGCUAGCCUACCACUUAAGCUACUUGGGGUAAUAGAAUGGCAUGGCUAGCAUAAUAGGAUCAUAGAAUGUACGCUCUUAUAAUUGUGUAUUUGUUUUUGGAGGCCUUGAUGGGCUUUAUUUUAAUGAAUUUGUGGAGUUUGA